CUCCCAAAACGUCAACUCCAGGUUACCUAUGCCAAUCAUAGACCUGUCUUUUCCUCUAUUCAUGGUAUUGUGGACACACUAUUCCCCUAAAAGGUAUGUUACAUACAUGAGUGGCAGAAACUUUGCAUACUUACCUUUAUAAAAAACAUUAAAUGAGCCACUGCACCUCAGAGCGCCCCGGUCCGUGAGAAGAGAACAACAGUUCAGGUUCUUGUGUUACCGCGCGCCGUCAACUGAACAAGUACAAUAGACAACAAUGAGGACCCCAACACUGGUCGUGGCCAUCAUCCUGGCCAUGGCUAUGGCGGGGGAUUCUGCCAACAUAGAGAGGCUCCUGCAUCAGCUCCGAUUGCUAGCAGGUGAGGAAACCAUGGAUGAUGCCUCAAUGACUCACACCAAAGGAAAAUCUGUCGACACUGAAGAGACCCAGCUUUUGGACCUUGUAAAGAAGUUGAGUCUUGAGUCGAAAGAACCGGAGCCCAUUGAUGGGGAUGUGAAUGGAGAAGGAGACACAGAUGUAGAUCCGAACUACGAGAUGGCGGAAACUCAAGAUCCAACUUUAAAAGACUUCAGUGGUCAAAAGGUUCCGGAUGUAGAGGAGAACUACGACAUGGCAGGACUUGGAGAUCAAAACCCGACUUCAGAAGAGGGGGAGGCAGAAGGAGGCGAAGUUACUGAGCAGAACUACGACCAGUCAGAAACCGGAGAAGAAUAUUCAACUUCAACAGAAGAUGGUAGUGAACAGGCCCCAGAUUUUGGACAGAACUACGACAUGACAGGAUUUCAAAAUCAAGAUUCGACUUCAGAAGGGGUGGAGGAAGAAGGAAGCACGGAUGUAGAGCAGAACUACGACGUGGCGAAAAUUGGAGAAAAAGAUUCUACUUUAAAAGAAGAUGAACAGGCCCCAGAUGUAGGACAGAACUACGGCAUGACAGGACGUGAAGAUCAGGAUCCAACUUCAAAAGAAGUCGGUGGUGAAAAGGGUCCGGAUGUAGAGCAGAAGUACGACAUGACAGGUCGUGAAGAUCCAGAUCAGACUUUAAGAGGUAAGGAUGGUCAUCAUGUUAUUAUAACAGAAUUUUAUUAA